AUGGUACUCUACCCUGGAGAUGUACAUGGCCAGUUGAUGCCAGAUUUUCUCGCUCGCGAAUAUCCGGAUAUCGCCGAACUUGGCGUUUGCUACAUUGACUUGUGGCCUAUCUCCUGGCCCAUGAUGGCUACAUUCCAUCCAGACAUAGCAGCACAAUUUACACAGGAGACGUCGCGUCCAAAGCACGAGAUUAUCAGAGGCCAGUUUAGACCCUUGACUGGGCUGAAAGACCUUGUUUUGGCUGAGGGGUCGUAUUGGAAAAAAUGGAGAGCGACUUUCAACCCCGGCUUCUCUACACAGAACAUAUCAGCCUUGGUCCCCGAAUUCAUCGAAGAAGCGUCGAUUUGGAAGGAAUAUCUACAACAAGUAGCCAAAGACAACCAAGUUGUUCCUCUGGAAGACUGUGUGAUGAAGGCGACAUGUGACAUCAUCGGGCGUUCUGUCUUGGGUCAAAGUCUAGGGAUCCAAUCUGGUGCAGACGACAAGAUCUUUCCUACUCUGAAAGGCGCCAUUGCGCUUCUUGUCACCGAUUGGUCGCCGCCUAACUGGGGCCGUCUUCUAAACCCGCUCCGAGGUAGACGUCUUGCAAGUUUGAACCAGAAGUUGCGAAACCAGUUGAAACCGCUAAUCGAGAGUCAACUUGAGAAUCAUGAGCGCAUUGAAGGGCCGAAGACUGUCAAUGGCCUUGCUAUCCGUACAUAUCUAAAGGAUACUGGGAAGGAAAGCAAUUCUGAAUCUGGCGUCGACAAUGAGUUUCUUGAUGUGACGAUUGAGAACCUCAAGAUCUUUCUUUUUGCCGGCCAUGACACUACCGCGUCCACGCUCUGUUUUGUUUACAACUAUCUUCAUAACCAUCCAGAUGUCCUGGCAAAGCUGCGUAAAGAGCAUGACAAAGUCUUUGGCCCUGAUCCCAACGAUGCAACAUCAGUAAUCUCCAAAUCACCUACGAUUUUGAAUCAACUCGUUUAUACCACAGCGAUCAUCAAGGAAACCCUCCGACUCGAACCACCAAUUGGCUCCUGUCGAGAAGGUUCUCCGACGUUCUUCCUCCGACAUCCUGAAACAGGACAGCAACUUCCUACUGAUGGUUUCAUUCUCUUCUCAGCAAGCAAGGCCAUUCAUCGCAAUCCAAAUUUCUGGUCUGAACCUGACAAGUUCAUGCCAGAGCGUUGGUUGGAGCACGACUUCCAUCGAACUGCUUAUCGUCCGUUUGAGCUGGGUCCUCGGGGCUGUAUUGGACAGGAGCUUGCUUUAACCGAGUUACGGUUACUUCUUGCAAUGACAGUUAGGGAUUUGGAGAUUGUUCCUGCGUACAAGGAUACCGAAGAUAGGUUAUGUGGCUACCAAGCAUAUCAGGCACACAUGCCUGGUGAGCUCACAGCGCAUCCGAGUAAGGGGAUGCCCGUCAGGGUAAAAAUACGACAGGUCUAG